AUGGAGGCAACAACUCCAUCCGAUUCUCCAACCAUAAAACCCAUAAACAAGGGCGUGGUGCACAGAAUCUGCGCUGGCCAAGUGAUUCUAGACCUCUCGGCCGCCGUGAAAGAAUUGGUCGAGAACAGCCUCGACGCUGGCGCCACCAGCAUCGAAAUUGCGCUCAAAGACUACGGCAAAGAGUGGUUCCAAGUCAUCGACAAUGGCUGUGGCAUUUCGCCGAACAACUUCAAGGUCCUUGCCCUCAGGCAUCACACUUCCAAACUGGUCGGUUUCCCUGACCUCCAGUCUCUGACCACGUUCGGGUUCCGAGGCGAGGCCUUGAGUUCUCUGUGUGCGUUGGGGAAUUUGACAGUGGAAACCAGGACGAAGAACGAGCCCGUUGCCACGCACUUGACUUUUGACCAUUCGGGUUUAUUGGUCGCCGAAAAGAAGACGGCCAGGCAAGUCGGGACUACCGUCACUGUGAAGAGCUUGUUUUCGAAUUUACCAGUGCGGUGCAAGGAAUUUGGUCGCAACAUUCGGAAGGAGUACGGAAAGCUUGUUUCCUUACUGAAUGCCUAUGCCCUUAUUGCGAAAGGAGUUCGCAUCGUCUGCACCAAUGCCACCGGUAAAAAUGUGAAGUCUGUGGUACUUAAAACACAAGGAAGUGGUUCCCUUAAGGAUAACAUUGUGACACUUUUCGGUAUGAGCACGUUCAAUUGCUUAGAACCUGUGAGUAUAUCUGUUUCUGAAAGUUGCAAGGUUGAUGGUUUUCUUUCCAAGUCUGGACAGGGUAGUGGGCGAAAUAUGGGAGAUAGACAGUUCUUUUUUGUGAAUGGUAGACCAGUGGAUAUGCCUAAAGUUACCAAGCUUGUGAAUGAGUUAUAUAGAGGAGCAAACUCCCAGCAGCAUCCCAUUGCAAUAAUGAAUUUUACUGUUCCAACAAGAGCCUGCGAUGUGAAUGUAACUCCUGAUAAAAGGAAAGUGUUCUUUUCUGAUGAAAGCUCCAUACUGAUUGCCCUAAGGGAGGGUCUGCAGCAGAUAUAUUCUCCAAAUAAUGCUCGUUUCUCUGUGAAUAAAGUUGAGGAGCCUGCUAAGGAACCAGGUAGGUCUGAGUUGUGUUCUCCUCGUCAAAAGUCUCAUAAGUUUCUGAAACAAUCAUCUACGGAUGACAGUGUUCCUGAAGAAGCGGGCAUCCCCACCCCGGAGGGUUUGCAACAGAGAUACUCUCCAAGUAAUGCUCAUUACUCUGUUAAUGAAGUCGAGGAGGAGCCCACUAUGGAAGCAGGUAGGUCUGAGUUCUGUUUCCGUCGUCAAAUGUCUCGUAUGCCUCCAAGACAGGUAUCUUCAGAUGACAGUGUUCCUGAAGAAGUUCAUGUUGAGGAUCAGAUUGCAGAGGGCAAUGCUCCUCUGAAAGCUCUUGAAACUGACUCUGAGUGCAAUCAUGAUGCAGAAGGGUCGAGCCAGGGAAAUUCAAUGGGAAAAGACUUCGCUUUAAAGGUCCACAGCAUUAAGAAGGUUGAUGGUAGUACGCAAUUGAUAAGACAUAGCAAUAGGAUGGCAACUGAUCGAACCCAUUCUCUUUCAACCAUCGUUGAGAAUGGAAAUUCAUGUAGUCGUUCAAACUGUGUUCAAUCAUCGCUUAACCAAUUUGUAACUGUAAAUAAAAGAAAGCAUGAAAAUAUUAGUGCAAUGCUAUCUGAAAUGCCUGUCCUAAGGAACCAAGCUCUUCAAACUCAAUCCAAGAAUAGCACCUUUGAUUUGCUUGUCGCUGUUUCAAAAUCUCCAGUUAAACAUCACCAGGCUGAUGAUUCUGCUGAGGUUGAUAAUUGUGCUGAAGUUGAUGGGAAUGUGCCAUCCAAGUAUCUGAGAGCAGACAAGAUCCUCAAUAAAAUCAGAUGUCCAGUUUCUUCUGGAGGCAACUCUAAAGAUGAAGAACUUGAAGAGGAUUUACAAGCUCAACAGAAAGCAGACCCUCUUUCUAAUAUGGCAUCAACUGCUUCACCUAGCGGGGAUCUUAAAAGUUUGUCUGAAGAUCUUCCUGUUCCAGCUCCAUCACCUUCUUGUAUACUGUCAGACACUCCAAAGCCAAAGCCUUCUUCUGGUCUUAUGAUGCAUUCCACGUUGCAAUUUAGUUUUCAAGAGCUAAAGACAAGGAGGCAGCAGAGAUUGUCUAGACUGCAAUCAAGCAUGCCUGGAGGAGUAAAAGCACAAAGGUGCUAUGCUGCUGCAACAUUGGAGCUUUCUCAACCAGAAAACGAGGAGCGCAAAGCAAGGGCUUUAGCUGCAGCCACUACUGAGUUGGAAAGACUUUUUAGGAAGCAAGAUUUUGGUAGAAUGAAGGUGAUUGGGCAGUUCAAUCUUGGCUUCAUCAUUGGGAAGUUAGAUCAAGAUUUAUUUAUUGUGGAUCAGCAUGCAGCUGAUGAGAAGUACAAUUUUGAGCGUCUGUCACAAUCUACCAUCUUAAACCAACAGCCUUUGCUUCGGCCAUUGAGGUUGGAGUUAUCUCCUCAAGAAGAAGUGGUAGCUUCCAUGCACAUAGACAUAAUCAGGAAAAAUGGAUUUUCUUUGGAAGAGGAUCCACAUGCUCCACCUGGGCACCAUUUCAAAUUGAAAGCUGUCCCCUUCAGUAAAAACAUAACUUUCGGAGUUGAAGAUGUUAAGGACCUCAUUUCCACUCUUGCUGAUAGUCAUGGGGAAUGCUCAAUCAUUGGUAGUUAUAAGAUGGACACUGUUGAUUCUGUUUGCCCAUCUAGAGUUCGCGCAAUGCUGGCAUCACGCGCUUGCAGAUCAUCCGUUAUGAUUGGAGAUGCCCUUGGAAGAAAUGAGAUGCAGAGGAUUCUGGAGCACUUGGCAGGUCUGAAGUCUCCGUGGAAUUGCCCGCAUGGCAGACCAACUAUGCGCCAUUUGGUUGACUUGAAAACCAUAAGAAGGUCGGAAGAAGAAGAUGAUGCAGACUCUUGA